AUGGUAAAUCCUGUCAGCGUGGAAAUUGGAUCCCCACGGGAGUCUGGUCCAGCGGGCCUGGACGAGCUCCUCAAUAAGUUCAACGGUGUGCCGGCUUCUCUUUACCGGCCUUCGGAAGUGAUUGACGCCGUCGCUGGCGUCCUAGACCUUCUACCUCCUGAGCAUCAGCUCAGAGGCCAAAAGGUCUUACAAGUGCUAACCAGGCACCACCUUACGCUGAUCGAGGGCGCGGCACGUCCCGGCUCUAUUCUCACCCCUCCCCACCGCAAUGAAGCGGCGCGAUCCGCUGUUCUGGCAUCCCUUGCCACCAAUCCCUCUAAACAGCGCGCCGAUACCUCCCACCUCGUAUGCACAGCUCGCGAGGCACCGACCUCUGUUCCGGAACCCUCCCCCGCGGCCCAACCCUCCCAUACCUGGACAGUGGUGGCGGCCACUAGAGGUCCUACCAAAAGGAUGCGCGUCCCUGGUUCUACUCCGGUGCACCAUCGCACUAUCGUGACACCGACGGUUCCCGCAGCCAGAGGUAAAGGUAGAGGGAAUGGCAAGGGUAAAGGCACUACUGCCCCUGGCCCAAACAGAACUGCACUGGAGAAAGCCAAGAAGGCCAACAAAAAGGCUUGCGUGGUUGAACUCCGCUCGGUUGAUGACGGCGCCCCUAAAAUGGACGCCGCCGAGUUCAUGACCUUUCGCAGCAGGGCCCUGGGGCUUUUGAGUGGUUCGGUCAUCGUCAGUACCACCUUCCCAAUAAAGGGAGGUAUUGGACUAGUCCUUAGCGAUGAGAGUCACGGGAACACAUGCGUUCAGUCUUUGAGUCGCAUGCAGGGUUAUACAGCCAAGGUCCGCACUGGAUUAUGGCCACGUGUGAUUUUGUUUAAUCCCGCAAUAGCCCGUGGUUCCACUAUCGACUCAGUGAGUCGCUCUAUCAAAGAGGGCAAUCCUGCUCUCACCGAAGGUAUCGACGGUGCCAAGCUGGUCAGCGCGGUCUAUUGGCGCGGCCAGCACUUAGUUAUGGCGAUCUGCCCAACCCUCUAUCACAGGCUCUCUGCCAAUGGGGAAGGGAAGGGUCGCCUGGUAUUAAAUCACCUUUGCACCAGAUGGGCGACAUCUCGCUCCCCAUCAGUGUGUUUUAGGUGCUGUGGUAUUGGCCAUAUUGGCCCUUCCUGUCCUCAUAAGCAGGAUCAGGCCAAGAUUCGCUGCACGCGUUGUGCAGCCUUCGGUCACGAGAGACAAGCUUGUACGGCUCAGUCCAUCACAGGGCCGGUGCUGAAAUGCGCGAACUGCCUGGACUUCACGCAUCUCAUCCUGAAGCUCGAGUUCACCGAAAGGUGGACCACGAGUGCACGGAUGGCGCAUGUGAGAGCUUAG